AUGGAUUGCGGAUGGUGCUUGCUCCACGCGCCUUCACCUGCGUGGUGCUUUCACAUGUUCACACGCGAUGGAACAACAUGGACACACAGCAAGAAUGCAGAGCGCGAUGAGAGGGGCAAUCAUCUGCUUCUGGUCGGAGGUCUUGGACGUCUCGCAACGCAACAUGCAUCUCGGUCUGGACGACAUCCCUCAGGCGUGCCUUCCAGCCUUGCGCGCGCUCAUCUCAGAACAUGCUUCACCGGAGGCCAUGACAUGUCUCAGUGGGAAUUGAUGCAAUGGCAGUCUUUCGCGCGGGAACAUCGGAGACAUGACGACCGUGACCGAGCCGCGCUUCUCGCGAUUCGCCUCAGCGGAGUCGUGCCCUCUUCUCUGAUGGUUACUGCGCCCAAAUCACUGAUCGACGUUGGAGCUUUUGUCCACACACAGCCUCCGUAUGAUCUUGCGCCAAAGAGUCACACCUGCAGAGCAUCUCGGCGACUACAUGGACAGUCGCUGCUUUCGGCCACCUCUUACUGGUCCUGUCAACUCGUACCGUCGCCGGAGGACACGCCGCAGUCAAAAUCCGCACGCUACCUUGUCCUGUGCUGUGCUGUGCUGUGCUGGCCUGCAUCUCAUCUCGGAGCUGUCCACAGCGGCGGCGGCAUGCAAACGGCUAGGCUUGGUAUGUCUGAUCGUCCCGGCAACGUGAGGAAGUUCCGCCCGGCAGAUCGCUUCCCUAGCCAUGCAACAUCUGUUAUUCUAUGCCAAAAGCAUUCUGUGCCCGAAAUCAUCCUGACCGUUGUUGCCACUGCACAAUGCGCGCGCGGAAAAGUGACAUCUUUGCCGCGCAUUGUUGCUGUUUGCCAUGUCACCUCGGAGCAAUGGCUUCCCACUCACGAAAGUCCACCUGAGACCCAGAUAGAGCAUUGCUGCCUCGUGGUAGAGCAAUGCGGCCUCGCUGCUUUCGUGGAGGAAGAAGGUCCCGUCGUGCCUCUCGGAUGCAAUCACGCCUGCACACGAACGUCGGCACCUGAGAUCAUAGACAUCCCAGGCACCGCAUCUAUCUUGCCUUACCUCAGCAGUAAUACAUUCAAUGCGGCUCCACGUCGCCCGGGACCUUCAAAUGCCACAACUACGCCGAAUGCUGGUCAUUUGAGACGAUUCGAAGCGGAUGAGCAUCUCCUCGCUCUGGUCUAUCUCCUCAUACCGAUAUUGGGCGAUGUUCUUGCAACCUUGGUCCGCCCAGAAAGCAUAAUCAUAGUCGAAGCCUUCUUCCAUACCCCCCGCUCUCCUUCGCAACGCCGCCGACAACGCCAUAACGCAGAGGAAGAUCGUGGCUAUCUGCUCAUACCCAUGUUGACAGUCUUUCACGCUGUGAAGGCAUCGUUGUCGCCAACGAGGCUGCGAUGCUUAUUGAACGUCGUUCUAUUGGCAGCAUCAAUUUCCCACAGCAAAAUCCUUCACCUGCCGUUGAGUACAAAUAAUACUGCAAAAAUCACGCUCUGGUCAUUCUCUCUUCACUUCAUACCACACCAUCAGACAGUCUGCCACACACAACGUGAACUAGCUGAUACAGAAGUGAACACUCACAAGAGCAUAGCAAUCACACUGAAAACCUUUCCAACCUCACUGUCACCGUCACUCGUCUCCUGCGAAGGAAAGCCGCUUGCUUCUGCAACUCGUCAAGAGCCACGCAGACUUUUGAGAGCGCAGACAAACCUCACUGACACCAAUACAACAGCCCUCUGCGAAGGAAAGCCGCUUUGCAGCGCCUCCGAUGCUUCUGCAACUCGUCAAGAGCCACGCAGACUUUUGAGAGCGCAGACAAACCUCACUGACGCCAAUACAACAGCCCUCUGCGAAGGAAAGCCGCUUUGCAGCGCCUCCGAAGCCACGCAGACUUUUGAGAGCGCAGACGAACCUCACUGGCGCCAAUACAACAGCCCUUUGCGAAGGAAAGCCGCUUUGCAGCGCCUCCUAAGUAGCAGCGAAAAGCUAGGUGUUCAACUGCCUCUCCAACACUUGACCAAGAAUAUCUCUGCUCAUAGAUACGCCAGUGCUACCUGCUUCAAAUCCAGACAUAUCAAACGUCUGAGAUUCUUGAGAGUCAAAAUGACUCUUCCAAUCACCGAGCAGAUCUGGCAAGAUGCCGGACUGAAUAGCGGGACAAGCCUGGCCACAGGUCCAGCUCUCCUCCUCCAAAAUAACACCUUCUACUUCUUCUGUCAAACACUGAAAGCGUUGAACAAAAAGGAACAAGUGAAGAAUCAUCGCCAGCAGGCAAAGAACUACAAAAACAACGUUCCUCGACAGCUCUUCACAACAUUGACCAAGCCGCUGUUCGAUCUGGCUUCGAAAACGAGGCCAGAUUUUCCAAAGUUGCCCAAACUUGCCAUCAUGCAUGUUCACAACAGGACGAAUCAGGAGCUUCUGAGACUCCUGGGCAUGCACGUCAAAUUCGAAGUGAAAAAGGAUUAUGACGAGAGUGGCACUGGCGUCUCUGCAGUCGUAACUGUGCCACAGAUCUCACCGAUACCGCAUUAUAGCGAGUACACGGAUAACGGUCCACAGGGAGUUAAGAACACGCACCAUUUUCUGAGCCAAAAGGCCAUGCAACAUCGCGACGGAGGUCUUCAGUUCUUGGAAGCUGUGGAAACUUAUUUGAUCCACAAUCCACAGCAGUCACCGCUCGCGCAGUACUUCCCUGUCCAGCAGCAGCUUCCACAGCAGCAGCCGCCUCCACAGCCCAUUGGGAGUCAGGCGAUUUCAUUCGCUGUCGCGGCUCCAAAUCCUCCUGCCAAUGUCGGAGUGCCCCAGGUGAGCCAACCCGUACCAGCCGCCGUCAACCACCCAGCACAGCAGGUGCAGCUCCAACAGGCUAUUGGAAGCCAAGCGGCGACAUUCAAUACCGCGGCUCCGAAUGCCCAUGCCAACUUCGGAGCUUCUCAGGCGAACCGCUAUGAUGAACAUUCGCAGAGAAUGAUGCAGUUCUUAGGGCAUUCACAGCCAGGUUGGGACCAAGCAGAGCCCUUUAACUAUAUGGCCCCAAAUGCUCCUGUCAAUUCUGGAGCGGCUCAGCCUUAUCAAGCCGCGAUGCUGAUUCCGACACAGCAAAUGCAGGCUCCGCAGCCUGAUAUGGGUCAGGCUGAUCCAGCUGCGAUGACUCUCCCGUCCGCUAGCAUGGAUCAAGAGUCACUCGACUUCGCGGCCCCACCCGGCUGUAUCAACCUCGGAGUGCCUCAGGUGUAUGCAGGUAAUGCCGGGAUGGAUUUCCCGCCGCAAGACUGGCAGACUCCACUGUCAGAUAUGGACCAGGGAGCACCAUUCAACUCUCAGACUUUCCUGCCCUAUCCACCUCAGGGAUUUGACGAAGUGGACGAGAUCGCCCCACUCACCGACGCUGAACUGCUGGCAUAUCAGGCGCAGCUGCCAGACCAGGGAGCUCAGUUCCCUGCUGUCGAUAUGAGCACCACUGCUCAUGCGGGAGUGGAACAGGACAACCAAAACCUGGUUGAGGAGGCGGCAUGGAUGUCCUGGGAUGAUGAAUUCCAAAACAACUUUGCAGAGCUUGCAGAAAGCUUCGGAAUUCCGGAUGCUCUCGAAGGACUUGCUCUUGAUGGCUCGGCGAUGGAACAAUUUGCAAUGCCUCCGCAGCCACAGCCUUCCCAAGCGGCUCAAGUCACGUCUCCGGAGCCAAGAGAGGCCCAAGAGUUUGGAGGCGAUAAGACACUUGAACAGACGCCGCCUGCCUCGGUGACUGAAUUCCCAACCCCAAUGUUCAUGGAUAUUGGAGCCGAAGAAGACGCUUUUCAGAGCUCUUCGUCCAUAUUCGAUGAAUUUAUCGACUGGGAUGCACCCACAUGGCAUUUCCGAGGGGUGCUUUUCAACAGCCCAGCUUCGAGUUGCAGGUCACAGCAACUCUACGAUCAGGCUCUGACUACGCUCAUGAAAGUCAGACCAAACAUUUGCGGACGUAUCACAUCUGCAGCUUGCCUCUCAUGUAAAAUCGCAGCACCGACACCGGCGACUGCUCAGAUCGAAACCAUUACGAUCUGGACCCACAACCAAAAUCAGAAUCAAAGAACGGCAGGAACCAAUCUCACUCAUGCCGGAGGGCGCUUCUUCACCACGACACACCUGCCAUGGAUCAUACUUCAGAUCCAGCUUGACCUGAGGACACAACAAAAUCAGACCAUGAGCCAAUCCUCACUCAUGCCGGAGGGCGCUUCUUCACUACCCUGCUUGCCGUGGAUCUCAUCUCAGAUCCAGCUUGACCUGAGCCAACAAUCAGAACCGAGUCAUGUUAGACCAGAGCAUCCCUUGUUUGCCAUGGCUCGGAUUCUUGACAGACUUCGACAGCGAAGUGGAUCGGCUGCCAUCUUGCGCCACACUGAUCGCGGAAGGAACCACAUAUCAUGUGGAAUGUGCUCUCAUGGGCAACGAAGGGCCAUGAUUGAGAAUCGUGGAGGAAAUGAAUGUGGGAAACUUUGCAGGCAUGGGUUUGGAUGGGUUGGGAUUUUGAUGGAUUGCUUGCUCGUGUUCAAGCUUGUUGGAGAUGGGUUCUGGGACAUGGAUUGGAAGGGAAGGAGAUUGGACAGCUGCUGGAGGGAGAUCGAGGAAGGAAGCUUGCUCGUGGUCAAGCAGCGGACGGCCAUAUCUCACAAGAAGUUGAGUUGUGAGGCAAGUCGCCUUGCUGCUGGCAGGAGAUAUACCCCACCGUUUUCCGCGAUACUGCAUCUGAACUGGUACUGGAACUCGGCCAGCUACCUCUUAGGACAUGGCGUUGUUGUGUUCUUGCCAAAUGCAAGGAGAUUACAAUCCAAUCCACUUUCCUCACGUCUCACCGUCUUCCUGCUCAUAUUUCUUCUCCCUUAUCCACGCCACACAGUUCAAGAAUCCCCUCCUGUCUUCGCACACAAAUGUCCUUCUCGCCAAAGCAAACACAACAACACAUAUCAACCUCCCUUUUCCCCCUCCACUUGCCACGUUCAAAGAACCACAAGCACUUCCCACCACAUGCUCAACAGAAUCACAUCCCUCGGCAAAAAGCGAUCGCCUCCAAGAUCCUUCUCAGUAUCCCGACCAGCUCAGCCCUCAUCCCCGUACCCAGGUCAAGAGCUGCGCAGUCCUACAGCCUUCAGCGCGCCGGACACACCGCGAAGCGUUCACUCUACUACGGGUCUGCUUCAGGACAACGCGAAUUUACCUCCUCCACCGCAGUACAAUCCUCAGCGUCCUCCUGCAAGAAGACGUGAACCACUAUGUGAACGUUACCUGUUAUUUGUUGUUGUGAUUUGGGCCGUGGCUGUUACUGGAUGGGUGGUAUGGCUUUAUGUGAGAAAGGCUUGGUGGUACAGCAAGGAAUGGACGUCGAAGUGA